ACUAGCGUCAUAUUGUUUAUACUCAGGGCAUGACUUCUCGGGAAAGCUAAGCAAUUGUCAGACCUUAGUCUUUCAGACGUGUCUUAUCCCAGUUGCAGGACCUAGUCGUAAAUAUGAAGUCCAUCUCAAGAUUUAUUCGACAAAAUCAAAAUAUAUUCAUAACCAAACAGCUGCGGAGGAACCUCUCCUCACAGACCGAGGGUGAGGUACGGAUCGUACAAAGACUGAAAGAAAAGUUUCCAUCAGCCUCAUCUCUUAAAGUUGUGGAUAUAUCAGGUGGAUGUGGUGCAAUGUAUGAAAUCCAUAUAGAAUCCAACGAGUUUAAAGGGAAGAGAACAGUACAACAACACCAACUAGUCAACCAGGCACUGAAGGAUGAAAUCCAAGGAAUGCAUGGGCUACGAAUAUUUACAGAGGUUCCGCAAGACUAAAUCCAAACCCUGUCAUGGAUCAUUUUUUAUGUUAUUUUGGUUGUAUGUUCAUUGGAUGAACUUAAAUACACUGAUCAAAUAAUAACUAUACCAUCCUUACAUGUAGCCUACUGUAUCUGCAGACAGCAGUACUCUGUCUAGAGUAGAAUGAUUAUGAUGAGCUGUGACACGCGUGAAUGUAAAACUCAUAAAUAAUCCAUAAUUUCAGAAGUUGGACAGGAAACUUGUGAAAUCCAUGUGAGAGUGUGAUUGUCUUCUCAAUGCCUGCCAAGAGAACUACAAUGGAAAACGUCAGACUCACAAGGAUAUGGAUUCAUUAGUCAAAUAUUUCACAAUUUGGGGGACUCCACCUGUAGCGUAAACAGUUAUACCUUAACAGGAUGUAAUUGUGGAGUGAUUCUACUAAACAGUAGAUAUACAGUAAAACUGCAAUGCAACUUCUAUGCAAAGUGAAUCGUGCUGUUCGUUUUUUUUGCGUAAUGUUGUAGUUGUUCAUUCAAAGUGUACAAACUACCACAUUCCAUGCCUCUGUUUAUCUUUCUGUCAUGCCUCCUUGUAAACCAAAAUUACUAGUAAAUAUUCUCUAAACAUU